GAAAGUGAACAGAUCGUUCACCUGCCAUCGCCAUCGGAGAUCAGUUGCACACCUCGCAGUGGGCUACAAAGGGAAACGUGACUGUGUGCGAGAGACGAGGCUGCUUGUACCAACCCUGACUACUGCUACCAGGUGUGUCCGAACACCCAGGCUGCAGCAACAUUACUUACCUUCGCCUCGUACACGGCUUCAAGCAGGACGGGGAGAGGAAAUGGACGAUGAUGGUCAUCUUCGACAGCGCCAGCGCCUUCUUUACCGUGGAUAUAUGGCGAAGGCUGCGGAAGAGUGCCGGUGCAAUGGAGGUCAUGAUCGUGGGCAGUCAGUCGCGAGGUGUCAUUGUAACCCGAGAGACGAGUGGCGGCCAAGCACUCACCUGUCUCAACGAGUUGAUCCACUUCCUGGCUCCGCCACUUGCUGCUGUCCUUCUUCUGGCUCUGCUGGUGGCCGUGCUGAACGAAAAGACCGUGUUCUGUGUGUCCCUUGUGGUCGGCCUGACCCACCUGGCCAUGGUCUUCAGUUUUCACCUGGACGUUCACUGUUCAACAGAACAGAGGGAAAUGGCCGCCAUCUUCAUCAGCUGCUGCACGGGCUGGCCAAACCCUACAUAGUUGCACAAAAUAACCUGAGCGCCCCAGGUGGUUCCAGAGUCUCUGACUCACUUCCUGGGCGAGCCAGACAUGGCAGCCAGCAGUGCACUGGGCGACUUGGCUGUCCUCCUGCAAGAAGAGGGACAGAAGGCGAGUUGCGUGGUCUUCAUGGUGGAGGUCGGCAGGAGCGACGAUAUGGACAACAACCGGAACUGCGGUGUGUUGCUGGACGACGAUGAGGUCAUGACUUCUGUUCGAAGUUUAGAUUGAGCUGAAGGCUCAAAGGCAAGCUUGUCCUGCAGAAGAGGGGAGAUCACUUUCUAUGCUGUCUCCAUUUCGUGGCUUGGGCAACCAAGUUCUCUGAUCUUCUCGGUUCACUGGUCUUGAUUCUUUUGUGUGUACAGAUUUGAAGAUGUCCCAGAAUCUGGACCGUAUGGUAUGAACAUUUUCUUUCUACAAAACAACAUAUUCAUCCCAUAUCCCACUGUCCCAAGCGGCAUAACUCAACUAAAUAAGUUCAGACUGACACAUGAGACUGUCCAAGUGUGAGUUUGUUGAUGUUGUACCAACGAUAACCUGUCAUUUCAUACUGGUGCCUCACUCAAUAGACAAAAGUGGAAGUGAAAUUUCUGGAGCGGUUUUUUUUUUUUCAUGUUUAAUUUGAUACGAAUCACGUGACUGCUUGGGACGAUACAAAAUAAUGUAAGUUAUAAAGUUAUAGCUUACAACAGAACCUGAUCUUUGCUUUGUUCGACUGAAAUUUAUUAUUAAAAUUAUAUCUUUUGACUUGCAA